UAUAUAUCAGAACGUGAUUCUUCGUGGUGUAACUGCGCGACUCUAUCUAACAGCCUUGAGCUGCUUCCAAUUGCGUUUCGCAAAACCUGACCUCGGAACGCACAAGGCCCAACGGGAAACGCAGAUUGCGACUUGAACAUGGCGGAACUCGUUCCCAGCGGAGGAGCUUGCGAUGGUCCGAAGCGCAGUCCGCAACAACUAGUCUCAGCCAACGACCUGAUCAUGCGAAGCAUCUUCGACCUGGUCGAUGCUCGAGAGGACCUCCUUAGCGGCAUGCUAGUCUGUAAGGAUAUCGCCAGCAUUCCGGCGCGCUUGAUCCAUAAGUCCACGACGGAAAGCGAAUUGGCUCGAGUCUGGUCUCGAGGCUGCAGUCUCAACCGGUUCUACUUGUAUGUUCACGGAGUGAAAGAGCUUACCGUCAAGUCUGGCUCGCCGCCCAUCAAUCUUGAAGAGUUACUACAACGCUUUGAACUUCUCGACCGGAUCCACGUCACCGCACCCUUACGAAAUUCCGCCGAUGUCAAGGUGGAAGAGAUCUACCUUUGCGGCGGUCGUAAAGUCUACGUGCGGGGACAGACUGGUCCGAACGAACUAAGUCUCGAUCGCCGGGUGUUUCCCGUCGAAGUCAACGAGCGAGUUGCUUGGAUAGGGAUUCAGAGCCUUUCGGAAAGCCCCGCAUACGUGGACAGAACAAGAGACGCAAGACUUCUGGAUCUCGUUUCGUCUGCGAUACGAGUCGGGUCCACCUCGCUCCGGGAGCUUUCAAAGCUGGAGGUCUCGCGAAUCCGCUUCACUUUGAAGGUGUUGGAUUUCGUUUUAACCGGUUGCCCCAAGUUGAAGGUGCUUAGUUGCUCUCUUGACACCUCAGCUUCCAGAGGAAACCUGGGGCCGUUACGAAAGAUCAUGUGGGGACCGGGAGCACAGCUCCGGCAAUUGGAUAUACAAUGCUAUUAUCACGAGCUUUUAUCGUACUUGAGACGUCUCGAGGGAUGUCCUCACUUAAGGAUCUCAGGGGCGAUCUCGUGCAGUUCGUUGUUGCUAGUGACGCCAUUCUCCCCUCCAUCUGCGAAAGGAAACCGCACCGAACACUUGACGCUAGCCCCGAGCAUGUCCAUGGAAUGGAAGGAGACAUUAGCAGACCCUUAUCAUGUCGCCAGGCAGAUCCGAAACUACAUUUCGCCGCAUUGCGUGGUCACAAUCGAUACCUCUGGCAGAUCCGGGGAAGAGCUGCUAUGGUUGCGCAUCCUGUCGUCCAUACUCAGAUCGCUGCAAAGCGAAGAGGACCUGCGUCGAUCCAAGACGAAAGGCUGGGCGAAAUGCGAUCCUCCUCCUCAACCCAAUUGA